GGAUUUGACGCGCGUUCAUUUAAUAGGACACUCACUUGGAUCUCAUCUAAUGGGUCACGCUGGUAAGCAAACGACAAAACAACAAAAACCCGUUGGAAGAAUCACCGGUUUAGACCCAGCAGGGCCCCUAUAUGAUAGUCCUACAUUACUACAUCCGUUACGAGAGACUGAUGCUAUUUUUGUAGUAGGUAUCCAUAGUGACCCUGUCGUAUAUGGUACAUCAGAAAAUGUCGGGCAUGUUGACGUUUGGCUUAAUUGUGGCAUGAGACAUCAACCAGGCUGUCGUGAGAACUCUUUAGAGCUAUGCAGUCACGCCCGUGCGGCUUAUUGCUACGCAGAGUCAAUAAACUCCAUACAAGCUUUUCCAGCUGCUAAGUCUACGAGCUGCGGUGACUGGAAAGCUAAGAAAAAUAUCAACGAUGAAGAUGAGAUUAUAUAUAUGGGAGAGAAUAUUGAUAGAAACGCAACAGGGAUCUUUUAUUUGAGAACAAACUCAGCUCGUCCUUUUGGAAAAGGCCUCGAUGGAAUUCAAUAUUCUUAAGCUAUAAUUUACGUAAAACUUAAAAAAAAACAAAUAGAAGCAAGAGCAAUAUUGGUCUCAUUCAAAACUUUUUAUUACUUGGCCUACCUUUUUUAGUAGCUAUGUCGCAGCCAACUAGCUUAAUAUGCCGUUCAAUUAACAGCUUAGCCUUAACUAGCCUAGCCUAGCCUAGCCUGAAACAUAUUCAGACGGAGCGUUUGUUACAACAUUCAAUAAACUGGCUGGCUAAUGCUUGGGCCACUCAUACGAUAGAGUGAUCAUGUGGCAGAAAUAAAAAAGAUGACGACAGCUACAUACCAACAUAUGGUAGAUUUUGCUAUGUUACCCCAUAAAGACUGUUCGCUUUUC